UUUAUAUGGUAAUCCAAGUAGAGCCAUUAACCACUAUAUUAUCCUGCAAGUAACAAGCCUCAUCUUCGUGCUUGCUUCCCUUAUCUUCUUUCUUUUUUCACCGCCAUGGAACCCACCGCAUCGGAAAUCCGCAUCGACAUCCCUCCGUUGAUUCGGGUAUACCAGGACGGUCGCAUCGAGAGGCUUUUAGGCACUCAAACUGUUCCACCAGGCCUCGAUCCCAAAACCAACGUUGAAUCCAAAGACGUCGUUUACUGCCAAGAAACCGGCCAAUGCGUUAGGAUUUACGUCCCCGGCACCGUCGUCACCUCCACCCAGAAACUCCCUCUCCUCGUCUACUUCCACGGCGGACGCUUCUGCAUAGAAACCGCCUUCUCUCCUACGUAUCACAAUUACUUAAACGCCUUAGUUUCCGAAUCUAAAAUCGUCGCCGUUUCCGUCGAUUACCGAAGAGCCCCCGAACACCCUAUCCCUGCCGCUUACGACGAUUCAUGGACUGCCCUUAAAUGGGUCGCUUCCCAUUACGACGGAAACGGUCCCGAACAGUGGUUGAACCGCUACGCCGACUUCGAAAACGUUUAUCUCUCGGGGGAUAGCGCUGGUGCCAACAUAGCACACCACAUAGCCAUUAAAACCAGCAAGGAGAAGCUCGACGGUAUGAAUCUCGUCGGUAUGAUUUUAAGCCACCCAUAUUUUUGGGGCAAAGAACCGGUUGGCGAUGAGGUUAAGAACCCAGCCGUAAGGGCAAAAUUCGAAGGGGUCUGGCGAUUGGCCUCUCCUACAACGAGUGGGUCCGAUGAUCCAUUGAUCAACCCCAUUGAUGAUCAAAGCUUUGGGAGGUUCUUAGUGUGCAAAAGGGUACUGAUUUGUGUUGCUGAAAACGAUAUACUGAAAUACAGGGGCUGGUACUACUGCGAGAAGUUGAAGAACAGUGGGUGGGAUGGUGAAGUGGAGGUGAUGGAGGCUGAAGGAGAAGACCAUGUGUUCCAUUUACGCAAUUCCUGUUGCUCAAAUGCUGUGGAUAAGCUGAAAAAAGUUGCAGAGUCAUGAACCAGGGUAAGGCUUAAAAGUAGCUGUAAAAAAGUAUAAUUGGGAUAGUAAUUUAGUGUUCUAUGAACCAUUGAUUUUUAGUGUUGAAUUGUGUUUUGGAUGAUAAUAUGAACAAUACCCAGCAAUUCGAUUCGGGUUUGUAUUUCAAAUUUUUAAAGUUGUUUUUGGUUUGAAUUAUUUUUGAAUUUUGCCAAUUUUGAUUUUAUAGUUAUUUUGGGUUGGGAUUGUUUAGAGUUUAUUUUAUUUUAAGUUUGGAUUACUUGAGUGAGUUGAUAUCCUUUUUUAUAAUAUGUAGGUUGAAAGAUAUUUUCAUGACUCCUUUUAAAUAAGUUUUUGAGUUGUCGUUUACUUAGAGUCGGUAAAUUCUUAACAUGUUCGGGAUUAUUUUUAGUUGAGGUUUUUGUACAGGCCCAUUUUGACCUAACCUAACCCAUUUCAGCCCAACGUACUUAAGCCCAAUUACAAGGCUGACCCAAUAGCCCUAGGCCUACUACUCACUAACCCAACCAGCCCAAACCCGAUCGGCCCAUUAUAAAUCCAUCUAAAAUCUACCCAAAACCUCACCAACAAGCCGAACCCAAAUGAUCCAAUUCUAAACCCUCCUGACCCAAUACAAACCCGAAGUCCAUUAGCCCAGGCCCAAUUUCCCUAAAAAAUAUCUGCCUAGGGUUUUCAGUCUGAAUCCCUAGGCGCCGCCUCUAGCGCCGCAUGCUUUGACUCUUGGUCUUCUGGCGCCGCACCCUACCCUUAGCCACUGCCACCGGCGCACGUCAGUCACCGUCACCGCUCCCAUGCCACUUGCGCCGUCACCUACAAAGAAGGAACAAAGAAGCAAAAAGCAGAAAACAGCAACAAUAGAUUCGGCUAUAAAAGCCAACAAUAUGUAAUAUUUGGGGGUUGGACUUUUUUUUGUUUUAUCAUCUUGUAAAAGAAACACUUUCAGAAAUAAAAAAAAAACAAAGUUUGAAGGUGA